AUGGCCGCUGCUACCCGCCCGCCCGCCAACGCCUUCGUCGCGACUAUGCGCAGGGUAUACAACCCGAUUGGCUUCGGCAAGGGCUACAACUUCGUCCUGUGGUUCAUCUUCUGCGGCGCCCUCUUCGGCUUCUGCCUCGCCCGCUUCAUGUACCUCGACUUCGGCAACGUCUACUGCCCGUUGGACGACGCCGGCGGCCCCGACUCGGCCGGCCCGGGCGAGUGCUACUCGUAUCGGACGCAUUCGGUCUACCUGGUCGGCAUCAAGCUGCAUCUCUUCACCAUCAUCCCCGGCGCCUUCCUGGCGUGCUUCCAGUUCGUCCCUUUUAUCCGGCUCAACUACAUCCUCGUUCACCGCGUCAACGGAUACUUGGUCCUCCUGCUGAGCGUGGCGGGCACCGUUGGUGCUCUGAUGAUUGCGCGCGUCGCGUUUGGGGGUGGCAUCGAGGUCCAGACGGUCACAGGGCUGCUCGCCAUCAUGUUUCUCUUCUCCCUGGGCACUGCCCUGUACAACAUCAAGAAGCUGCAGCUGGAGCAGCACCGCGCGUGGAUGCUGCGAGCCUGGUUUUAUGCCGGAAGCAUCAUUACUUCCCGAAUGAUCAUGAUCAUCAGCGCCAUGAUCAUCUCCAAUGACGGCCCGUACUAUGAGCCGAUGAGCUGCGCCAAGCUCGCGACGUUCUACAACAACGUCACAGCUCUGGAAGCCUCCCACCCGGCUUGCGUUGACCCUUCGGCAUGGUCCAUCGCCCGGGCCAGCAUGUCGGGGGGAGCAGAGAACGCCGCUGCGUCGCUCAGCCUCACGUUCGGAGGCGGUGUGUGGUUGGCGCUGGCGAUACAUGCUAUCGGAGUGGAAUUUUAUCUGCAACUUACACCGGCCGAGAGUGAGAGGCUUCGAAAGAUUUCGUACCAGCGUCAGUUAGAAGCCGGAUUCUCGAAACCAGGUCGUGCAGGCUCGACCGCGGAUCGCCUUGGUGAUGCCAUCCUCUGGAGUCCCCAGUCCCAGUCGGCUACUUCCACCUAUCUCGGCGAAUUGGCAUCGGAAGACGGCAAAUAG